AACCUUUCGGUCCUUGCAACUUACAACCAUCACAGCGCCUCGUCUCUCUUGCUGCCCACCAACCAUGAUGAAUGGAAAACUGAAAGGUUGAGCCGCCGACCAACAUGUCCAGUAUCCGUACUGUUGCUCGUGUUUCUCACUUGAAAGAGAGGAGAGUCUACGGUCUCAAUCACAGCUUGGGUCCAGGCGUUGGCUUGGAAUUGUCCUGCCACGACACCAUCAACCAUCAACCAGGUAGGCAUAAGAGUUGUGCAGUCAGUACAAACGGCCUUAACCGACCUGAAUUCUCUUGGUCACCAGCAUGGCGCCCACCCACCAACGAACCAACAUUGGCGGCUGCUGUGCGGCAACAAAGGUCCAGCGGAGAUAGAGUGACAUUGUGUAGCAUAAUACUGCACAGCUGUCACUGUCCGGCUGGCAGAACCGCACAGUCACAUCUUCACAUCGCAAGCUUGCCGGCAACACAGAUCAUUGGGCAGGCUGAACACGCUGCGGAGUGAAGCAGAGUGCUCAGAGAAGAGCAACAUAUCAGUGAUAACCACAGCCAUACAUCCCCUCACGGGCUCAUUGCAUGGUCUCUCGUGUUGUUGCCGCCCUCUUUGGCCUGAUCCUGCAUCUCUGUACGCGCUUGUUACUGCUGUGUUGUCGCUGUUCUACCUAUCGUCCUGUGUUUCUCUACAUCUGCUGGUGCCUUGGUGGUUGUCCGUGUCUGGUACGGGCUCAUGUACACGCGCCCGGCCCCAGUCUGGUGGUAUCCCGUACGGUAGAUUACCUUACCUACCUAUCCACACCUCCAGCUGGGGUCGUCGUCUCUUUCAUUACACCCCUCUACCCCUUCACCCUCACAGGCCGUCAUAGCCCCACAUUGUUCCAACUGCUUCACACCCCCUUCACUUCUUCAAGCGCCCACCUCUUCCCAAUUUCAUCCUCUGGCGCCAAAUACUUGACGCAGUCCUUUCCUUAUAAUCGUCUGUUGCUGCCUUUGCUACCCUCUCACCUUCGCUUCUUCUCCAGUCAGUCAGUAGUCUGUUCACUCGCUGCUUCUAUCUGCCUGUACUCCUAGUUCCCACUAUCUGGGAUUGGCUGCUGGUUCAUAUAAUCAACACAGCUCAGGCUCUUCAGCUCGCCCAUAAUCACCAGUCUUGAUCUCGACAACCAACGUCAACUCAACAAUCAUCAUGCCUACCGCCAAGCCUAAGUUGGGGAAGCUUACCACUCCCGUCACCGCUACCUUUCCUUCCGAGAUCACAUCGGCAACGCCUAUCUCGGCCGUCUCCUUCACAUUCAAACCUGAUCCGGACUUUCUCAAGACGCCUAUUAGCCCACCCAUGGCUUAUACCGACUUCCUCACCAAGGCUAUGGCUCUCAACUCCCCAGCUACGAGCUCAGGGCAGACCACCCCAGACUCGCUCCCAGAUACGGCGACUAGCGAGGAAACCGACACCUCUAGCAAGAGUGAAGAAGGCACUCCUCCGUCUUCAGCUUCAAGCACUACUUCAAAGAAAUUUGCCCGUCCAACUCCCCCAGCGACGGCUCCUAUGGUGCCCCCUAGUCCCUUCACCUGCUCCACGCCUAUGUCUGCUCCUCCCACUGGCCCUGUCUGUUUCCCCAGCCUCAAGGUGCCUCCCAGUCCCAGCGUCUCUAAUAUCGACUCGCCGUUGAGCGCAAGCACCGCUCGAUCACCCUUCAGUGCCAGACCGGUCCAUUCAGUGUUCGACUGGGAUGCUGCUCUCAAGGCCCGCCUACUAGAGAAGAAGCAGAAGACCUCACGGACAAGCGUGCGACACAUUCGAGAGGUGGUGACAAGAACUGUCACAUACACACCUAGAAUGGCACCAGCACCAAAGGGCAAGAGACGAAAGGUGGAAUAAACCUACUGAGCUAAUCAUUAUCUACCCAACUCAUCAUGUCCACACUCAAAACGAUCAUCUGCUCAAUCAACUCAUACCUUUAACGAUCCUUCGAAUACUUCAUGAACUUUCUUUUGUUUAGACAUGCAUCGUUACCAAGAACAUACCGAAAAACGACGAGGAUGCACACCUCAAGGCGAAAUAUGGAGCAGGCCUUCGACACCUGGCGGCGGCGAAAACUGUCGUCUGUUUAACCUUCAAGCAUUCUCUUGUUGAUAUAUUUUUUUUAUACGCUUUGGAAGGAGUUGAAUCAGGAAUGGGGAGACCGGGAGGUGCGGUUGGAGGAGUUUGAUGGCGUUCUACAAAUUUCAUUACCUACUUGGAUGUGCUAUUCCCUGGGGGCAUAGCAUGGACCAAGAAUUACGAUACCAGCACAUUUGGAAAGGCUCGGGGGAGAAGGGAUUGUGAUCAGCGACUAGGACGCAGUCGACAGCGACCCUCUAACAGGGUUGUUUAUGGAUGAGGAGGGGACCGUCAGAAGAAGAAUUGAACAACGCUUUGAGCUUCGGUGACCCCGUGUAUCGGGGGCAGAAUCAGCUCUUAGCAGCGCCGUUACUCAAAAAUUCAUAAAGCCAUGGGCUGUUUAAACACCAAUUUUGUCGCGUGCUCUGAUUUGUGCUGUGUUAGGUGACUGAAACCGACUGACUGGUACGUACCUGAUCAUAUGAGCCAAGCCUACCAGCCUGGACUGAGUCACCA